UUUUAGCGUAGGUUCUUAGUGUCUACUCUGGCCUGGGUUUAGCAGUCGUGCGAGGAGGUUGUGGCGUCUCCUGCUUCCAGGCGAUUUGAGGUGAGACGGCCAGGUAGAGGAGUCCGGAGUCGGGAAAAGGGGACCCCUGAAGUCUCGAUUCAGUUGCCUCCCAGUCCCCGCUUUGUGUUGCUCCAGCCAGGAUGAUCGAGGUUGUUUGCAACGACCGUCUGGGGAAGAAGGUGCGCGUUAAGUGCAAUACGGAUGACACCAUCGGGGACCUUAAGAAGCUGAUCGCAGCCCAAACUGGCACCCGUUGGAACAAGAUCGUAUUGAAGAAGUGGUACACGAUUUUUAAGGACCAUGUGUCUCUGGGGGACUAUGAAAUCCACGAUGGGAUGAACCUGGAGCUUUAUUACCAAUAGAGCAGAAUUCCUUCUUCCUGCCCUUCCCCCUCUUCCCACCCUCACUCCCCACACUAAUAUGGAUGCUUGUUUUUGGAAACUCAUGUUAAUAAAAACUUAGAGGCUG